AUGUGGGGCUUCUGGCUGCUCCUCUUCUGGGGCUGCAGUGGUGUACACAGAUGUGGGAUGACCACACUCCCCACACAGGGACAAAGUCUUCAGGGUGUAAAUGAAUGUGAAGACACUACCAUGUGCCCAGCUUAUGCUACCUGCACUGACACCAAGGACAGUUAUUUCUGCACCUGUAAACGAGGCUUCCUGUCCAGCAAUGGACAACACAACUUCAAGGGCCCAGGAGUGCAGUGUCAAGAUGUUAACGAAUGUCUUCAGAGCGACUCACCUUGCGGUCCUAACUCCAUCUGCACCAACAUCCCAGGGCGAGCCCGCUGCAGCUGUCUUAGUGGCUUCUCCCCUCCCACGGGGGAGAGCUGGAUCUUGGGAAGCCCAGGUCAUUUUCUCUGCACAGAUGUUGAUGAGUGUCUGACGGCUGGGAUCUGCCCUAAUUAUUCCAACUGUUCUAACUCUGUGGGAAACUACAGCUGCAUCUGCCAACCUGGUUUCACUUGGAAUGGCCUUGCUUGUGAAGAUAAGGAUGAAUGUUCUGAACACAAUGCUUGCCCAGAACAUGCAACAUUCCACAACACUCUUGGAAGUUAUCACUGUACAUGUGACUCAGGAUUUGAAUUUAGUGGUGGACGGUCAACGUUCCAGGGCCUGGAAGAAUCCUGUGAAGAUGUGGAUGAGUGCUCCAGGAACUCCACUCUUUGUGGCCCCACCUUGAUUUGCGUCAACACCCUGGGGUUCUACAACUGCUCCUGCCCAUCUGGAUUCUCCUUGGCACUUUCCCAGAUUCCUGCUCAUCCAGUAGAGAGGAACUGUAUAGAUAUCAAUGAGUGUGAUGCCGUGUGCCCUUCCAACUCCUCCUGUACUAACACUCCUGGGAGCUACUUCUGCACUUGCCACCGUGGCUUUGCACCGAGCAAUGGGCAAGUGAAUUUCACAGACCCAGAAGUGGCGUGUGAAGAUACUGAUGAAUGCACCCAAGAUCCAUCACCAUGUGGACGAAAUUCUGUCUGCACCAAUGUUCCAGGCUCCUACAUCUGCACUUGCCUUUCCAGCUUCCGACCAGAUCCAGAAGGCUCCCAGGCACAUGGCAACUUUAGCUGCAAAAGGAUCCCCUUCAAGUGUAAGGAAGACUUGAUACCCAACAGUGAGCAGAUUCAUCAGUGCCUAGCAGGGCAAGCCAGGGAUCUUGACUAUGCCUCCUUUUGCACACUUAUGAACGCCACCUUCGGCAUCCUGGAUAACACCUGUGAAAACAAAAGCACCCCAGUGUCUCUACAGAAUGCAACCAUGAGUGUUUCCCUCAUUCUGGAGCAAGCACCCACAUGGACUGAGCUCAGCAGGGAGGAGACAUCUGCCCUGGGCACCAUCUUGCUGGCGACUGUGGAAAGCAUCAUGCUAGCCUCCCUUCUGACACCCUCAGGGAAUGUCAGCCAGACCGUUCAGACAGAGUACCUAGACAUUGAAAGCAAAGUUAUCAAUGAAGAAUGCAACGUGUCCUUUAACUUGAGAGCCAGAGGGAAUGAGAUGAACGUUGACUGUUCCAUCAUCAAGGAAUCAGAAUCCACAGGGACCCCAGGAGUGGCUUUUGUCUCCUUUGCACACAUGGAAUCGGUUUUAGAUGAACGCUUCUUUGAAGACAGUCAGGCCUCCUGGAAGCUGAAGAUAAAUUCCCAUGUUGUUGGUGGCAUCGUGACUGGGGAGAAGAAGGAGAACUUCUCCAAGAUGAUUGUCUACACCCUGCAGCACAUCCAGCCAAAGCAGAAGUCUGAGAGAGCCAUCUGUGUCUCAUGGGACCCCAGUGUGGAGGAUGGAAGAUGGACACGCUCGGGCUGUGAGAUCACAAAAGCAUCUGAGACACACACAGAGUGCAGCUGUAACCGCAUGGCAAACUUGGCCAUCAUCAUGGCUUCUGGGGAGCUCACAAUGGAAUUCUCCCUGUACAUCAUCAGCCAUGUGGGUACAGUCAUCUCCCUGGUGUGCCUCGCCUUGGCCAUAGCCACCUUCCUGCUGUGUCACUCUGUGCAGAACCAGAACACCUACAUGCACCUUCACCUUUGUGUGUGUCUCUUCUUGGCCAAGUUCCUCUUCCUCGUAGGUGUAGACAAGACGGACAACCAGACAGCCUGUGCCAUCAUCGCAGGAUUCCUACACUAUCUUUUCCUUGCUUGCUUCUUCUGGAAGUGUGUUGAAAACAAAACCUUCCUCCCUUAA